UCCCCCUGGGCAGCAGGAGCCCUAGCUAGCCGACGACGGCCGAGCUGCUCCCCUGAGUCGUUCUCCGGAGCCCGCGCGGCGGCCACGGCACCGACGAGCCCCCGGGGCGGCGGCGGAGGCCGCCGCGCCGGCACUGGUGGAGGCGGGGGGGAUGAGGCGGCGUUGUGCGACGACCUGCUGCAGGAGGUGCUCCGCCUGCUCCCGCCCAACGCCGCACCGGCCGUCUCCCUCGUCUCCCGCCGCUGGCUCGCACUCCUCCGGGCCUCCACCUCCCGCCUCACCCUCCGCCUUCCCCCGCCGGCGGCGGCGCCCUUCUCCGGAGCCGAAACCCCAGCCUCGGCGUCGGCGUCGGUGGUGGCCCCCCUCGCUGAGCUGCUCUCGCGGUACCCGUACCUGACCGCGCUGGCCGUGGUCUCCGCGCCCGCCUCCUCCGCCGCUGCUCACGACGCCGACGCCGUCCUGCUCUCCGUCGCGGGCGCGCCGUCGGCGGCCCGGCUAGCAGCGCUGCGCUUCUCACUCGGCUCGCCCGUCUCGCCCGCCGCCCUGUGCGAAGCGUCCGUGACCCUCUCCGGCCUCGCCUCGCUCCACCUCACCGCCCUCGGCCCGCUCUCCUUCACCUGGCUCGCCUCCUUGCCCCGCCUCAAGUCCUUCGCCCUCGUCAACUCCCCUGCCGCCUACUCGGCACGUUCCGGCCUCGAUGACGACGAGAGCGAUGAUGCUGUGGAGGAGGUGUUGCCGCUGGAGAGGUUGUCGCUGUGCGGCUUCCGGUCGGGCGACCGCGGGCUCCGGUGGCUGUGGCGGCGCUGCCGGGGCCUCCGGUGGCUGCAGCUGCGCGCCUGCGACGGCGUCGGGGACGGGCCCGCGACGCUGGCUUUUCCGGGAUGCCUCGACGGCCUGCUUGCGCUUGAGCUCCGCGCCUGCCGCACCGUCGCGGACCGCGUGCUCCUCCUGGCUGCGGACCGGUGCCGUGCGCUGGUGUCCCUCCUGGUGUACGACGGUGGAAGCAGGGAGGCGCUCCUCCAGUUCAUCCAUCAGCGUGGCGCCAUGCUGCACACCUUGGACCUCCGCCUGCCUCUUGACCUGCACAACGACCACCUCCUCGCGAUUGGUGCAGGCCAAGGCUGUCACAGCCGAGGCGGUCUUGCCGUGCUCCGUCUUCAAAGCUGCGUCCUCGUCACCGGGGAUGGGCUCCGUUCUCUUGCACGCACGGCCAAUGGGGCGGGUAUCGAAGAGGUCGCCCUGGUGAGCUGCGACGUCGUGGAACGGGAGCCUGGGCUGCUCACGUUCCUCAGCCAGAGCAUGUGCCGCCUCCGCCGGCUUGAUUUGUCUUACAACGAGACUCUCAAGGACAAGGAGGUUGGUGCUAUGCUGUCGUCUUGCCGGAAUCUUAUUGACAUCAGGCUUAGGGGUUGCCGCAGCCUUACUGGAGAAUCGCUAGUCUCGUUGCUUAAGCACUGUGGGCGGUCUGUGGAGGUCGUGGACAUCUCCCGCUGCCCUGCCAUCAUAGGCAACAGUGUCGAAUUCUUUGCACAGCGAGCCAUCCGUUUGAAUCAUUUGAUCAUCGAGGAGAGCUCGGUAUCGGAGGAAUUGAAGGCAAUUGUGCAGAUGAAAGGCAUGAAGGUCGGCUCAUUGCCUUGCGAAGGAUCAUUCUGACGCAAGUUUCUGCCUGCAGCUGUGUACGCAGAUCCAUGAGAGAGCCUUCUACAAACUGCAUAUGCGGAUAUGCCUCGAGAUUUUAGGGGUAAGUGAAUUUUGGUGUUAGUGAGCAAUUUGCAAAUGAUUUUUUGUUUUAUGAUCCCAGAUGGUCCGGCAGAUGUGUUGCCAGGCGAGCAAGUCUCUUGGAAAGACAACAUCCUAAAUCAAUUAAGCAUCCUGAGUUGCCUGUUUCAGUAAGAUCGGUAUGCUUUGUUA